GAUAAUCUGAAGUUGAAGCGGAGGAUGAGUUCGGUGAAUUAUGGAAAUGUGGAUGAGGAGUUGUCGAUUAAAGUGAACCGUCUGGCGGAGUGCACAUUGGAAGGGAAAUGGAAAGAGGUUGAGGAGAUGUACAACGACGACCCACCGUGUCACACGGCAAUGAUCAACGAUUCCGUGGGCACUGCACUGCACGUGGCGGUGGAUUUGGACGAAGAAGGGGUGGUGGAAAAGCUUGUGAAUGCCAUCAUCAGACACAAGACGAUGAAGGCUCUGGAAAUGAAGAACUACCGAGGGGAUACCGCUCUGCAUGUUGCUGCUUCCAGGGGUUUCGCAAAGAUAUGUGAGUUGAUCAUAGGAAGCAAGAAGGAGAGGAUUUACCUGGUGAGACUGAAGAACAAAGAAGGAGAGACACCUCUCUUUCAAGCUGCUCUCAACUGGAAGAAACUCGUCUUUGCUUAUCUUUCUAACCUUUCUGACCACACUGCUCCAUUGCAAGAUCUUGUGCGACGCAAUGGUGACACUAUUCUUCACUGUGCUAUCAGGAGAGAGUAUUUCGAUUUGGCUGUGAUAAUAGUGCAUUACUAUGAUUUUCUUAGCACGCAUAAAAAUAAAGAUGAAUUCACUCCUCUUAAAGUCCUUGCAACAAGACCCUCGGCUUUCAGAAGUGCUACCAAACUUUCAUGGUGGAAACAGAUCCUGUACCACUGUAUGCUUGUGGAACCAGUGAACCCUGAAAGACAAAUGAAGAAGAUUUUGAAAAAGAUGGAGAAGAAAUCAAAUGCCGACCAAUUUACUUAUCCACAGAACUAUACCACAUUAUGUGAAUUCAUUGGUGGAUUCAAAAGUCUUGGUGCUCUUACUGCAAAAGACAAAUUUUUUACUCAAAAAAAUAAGGAAGACUCAGAAAACCCACCAAUUAAAAUCGUAUCUGAAGCUGAUGGGGUUGGAUUUUUGCCACCAAAUUAUGAAACGAGUCAACAAUUUCUGAGGUCUGCGUAUGUACAUACUCUUGGGCUCACAGGAGUAGGAUUAAAGGAGAUAAGGAAUAUGAAGAGGAGACACGAAUGGAGUGGUCAACUCUUGAAGAAACUGUUGGAAAGACCUUAUGAAGCCUUCACUGGAGCUGGGGGUGUCCCAGAUAUUCCAGUUGACGCAGAAAUGUAUAAUGUUUUUAACCAACUUAAACCAGGCUUCAGGGUGCCAGGUGAAUCUAGCAAAUUGCCAUGGUUGAACGAAGAUCAAGAAGAAGAAGAAGAAGAAGAAGAAGAAGAAGAAGAAGAAGAAGAAGAAGAAGAAGAAGAAGAAGAAGAAGAAGAAAAGGAAGAAGAAGAAGAAGAAAAAGAAGAAGAAGAGGCUAAGGAGAAAAAAUCUUCAAGCCCAAGUAAGAAAAUUGACAAAACGGAGACAGCAUUUCUGGUUGCUGCAAGAAAUGGCAUAAUUGAAAUGGUGAAUGAACUUUUAGACCGAAUUCCAAGUGUGAUCCAUAACUUGAAUGCAAAUAAAGAGAAUGUGCUGCUGGUGGCAGUGAUGAGCAGGCAACCCUUUGUUAUUGAGAAUUUGAAAACUAAGACAAAACCAGAAGUUUGGAAUAAUUUAACUCUGGCAAUAGAUAAAAAUGAGAGAACCAUAUUGCACUGGGCAGCAGAUGCUCCAGAGGACGACAAGCCUCCAAAGAUAGCUGGUUCUGCCUUGCAAAUGAUGUGGGACAUAAAGUGGUUUCAGUAUAUUAAAAGCCUUGUGCCACAACACUUUUACUUUAGAAGCGACAUAAAGGGCAAAACUGCAGGGGAAAUAUUUGAGGAAGAACACAAAGAUCUGAUAGAGAAAAGUAGCGAUUGGCUGAAGGAAACAUCUGAAUCUUGCUCUGUGGUGGCUGCACUUGUUGCUGGUGUUUCCUUUGCUACGGCCAGCUCCAUCCCCGGUGGCACCGACGAUGAAGGUAGGCCCCAUUUAGAAGGAAAACCUGCAUUCGAUGUAUUUGCCGUUGCUUCACUUGUUGGACUUUGCUCCUCUGUCACUGGACUCAUAAUGUUCCUUACCAUCCUCACUUCUCGAAAGCAAGCCAAAGAUUUCCGUAGAGAUUUGCCAUUCAAAAUUCUUCUAGGCCUCAGUUCUCUUUUUGUAUCCAUCGCUGCAAUGUUUGUCUCUUUCUGCUCCGGUCAUUACUUUCUGCUUAGUCACAGAUACAAGACGGUUCUAUACCCCAUUUAUGCAGCCACUGUCUUUCCAGUCAUGUUCUAUGCCGUCGCGCAAUUUCCGCUAUACUUUGAUCUUAUAAUAGCCAUUUUUUCUAAGGUGCCAUGGGCAACUGGUAAAGGAGACAAGUUAUAGCACCCAAGCUAACCUACUACAUGCCAUUAUUUGUGUUGUAUUCGAGUCAAGUUCGUGUUUUGUCUGUGAUUGUGAGCUUGUUUUCCGGAUAACUAUCAAGCAAGUUUGGAUUGAAUAAUCAUGUAGGUUUUUGUAGCUUGUAAAGUUGCGAUUGGGUUUAUAAUAAUA